AUGUGCACAAUUUUAUCAAAUUUACCUGCAAAAGAGGCUGUACGGUCUAGUGUUUUGUCCAGCGAGUGGAGAUCUAUAUGGACAACUUGCCCCAAACUGAGUUUCAAUGCCAAGGAUCAUGUGCCUAGGCAUGGAGGGAAACAAUAUGCCCAGAUGUUCAUAGACCAUGUUAAUGCAGUCCUGAAAAAGCACCACGGCAAGGUUGUCGACAAUCUUGAGAUAAAAUUUGUAUUUGAGAGCAAGCUAGUUUACCAUCUCAACAGUUGGAUAAGGUUUGCUAUGUCCUCCCGGACUAAGAAUCUAUCAUUUGAUUUGGCACCACUGCCGGAAUUUUGGAAAUAUAGGAAUCACUACAGGUUCCCGUUUGAACUUUUAGACAUGGAUAGUGUAUCCUGUCUACGUUGUCUUCAACUCAGAUUUGUAUGUUUCAAACCACCCCCUUCCCAGUUUCCAGGUUUCCCAAACCUAAGAAACAUAGUCAGGUGUGAUCUGGACGAUGAACUGAAGGUGGUCCAGCGACCAUUGUCCAACCUGCAGUACCUAAGAGUCAAAUUCUGCGGGUUCACCAAGAUAGAGUUCCAUGCUGCCAAGCUCUCCACCUUUGUGUAUAAAGGGGACUGCAUACCUAUUGCCCUCCAUCAAGCUCCCGAGAUGGAAAAUGCAGAAAUUUGUUUCUGUGCUUCUACCUUUCGGCGUGGUUCAGCUGUGGUUCUCAAUGGGCUUCCACAUGUUCCGAACCUCACUUUGAAAAUUUCAGUUGAAGUGCUAGAGACUACAUGGACAUCAGAUAGCCAUUACAUGUUCCCGCAGCUCAAGCAUCUGCAGAUAAUAUUGGCUGUAGAUCAUAAACAUGAUGACAAGAUUCUCUACUUGGUUCCCCUUUUGAGGGCUGCUCCGUUUAUUGAACACUUGGAAGUACAUGUGAGUAUUUUCUUGUCGGAUCACCUUUGUAGACAAGACAUUCCACAAUCCGAACACAAAUACCUACACCUGAAGAAGAUGCAUGUCACCGGAUUCAAAGCCACCAAAGGCCAGCUUCAACUCCUGUUUCAUGUCGUGGAAAACGCCCCUGCGAUAGAGACUCUCGCCGUAGAUACAAUCCAAAGACAGUAUGAUCUGUUGGAUACAUAUGAGAUUCUCCCGGCGCUCCGCAACUCCGCCCUUGAUAUUGUCAGGGAUCCUCUCUCUAAGAGACUUCCACCAGAUACCAAGCUCUACCUUCUGUAA